AUGAAGAAAGACACUGGAAAAAACACGAAAUCCGAUGAGAAACCAACGACAAAUACUAACGAAACUCCACCAACAUCAGAACCAUCGUCACAAGCGAAUCAAUCAGAUAAAUCAACAAAGAAAAAGGUUUUAAAGAAAAAUGAAUUUUGUGGUGGAAACGCGUGUCCAAGUUGUGGUAAAUGUAUCGAUUGGCAUUAUAAAGGCGAUUUAAGUGUUGAUCACAAUCUUUAUAAACACAAUGAAUCUCAUGAUAUUUGUAAUCCACAACGUUGGUAUCGAAAUCCAAAUGCAACAUGUCUUGUCUAUACAAAUGCAUUGAUUUAUAGUACGGGAAAUAUCAACGCAAUUAUUUGUCAUUGUCCUUCAGAAUAA